GGGGAGGGAUCUACCUGAAUUUGUCCAAUAGAAACUCUCGUUUUCUUUGAAACUGUUUCCUUUACAAAACGUUUCGCAACAGACGAAACGUUUUGCAACGGAAUUCGACUAAUGAAUACACCAGUAAUAAAGGACCAGAUUUUAUAUUCAUGGAGCAAACCCGUGUAGGCCACACAGCUGGCCAAGUUUAGUCACAUGCUUGUUGUUAUUGUUCUGGUAGCCUAGUGCUUUUCUGAAUGGUCUGCUCUCGAUCUAAACCUUUCUCCCAAUUCAGAGGCAUCAGAAUAAUAUUGUCCAUCUUCGGAUUUGUAAUUACAUGAUUCUUCCAAUUACUUAGGGCGUUUGACUCGAACGAUCGCGACGCAAAAGGGAGUCAAUCAAAUACGCAUUGCGUCCCUUAUUUACCAACAUGACGGAAGACAAACAAAGUGUCAUCGAGGAAAAUUUGCAGGGUUCCUGGGUGGAGCUGCACUUUAACAAUGGCAACAGUGGUGGCUCACCAGCACAUGGGGCUGCUGGUGUGGAGGAAGAGCAGGUGUCAGGCUCUGCCACUGAGCUACCAGGCUCUGUCACUGAGCUACCAGGCUCUGCCACUGAGCUACCAGGCUCUGUCACUGAGCUACCAGGCUCUGCCACUGAGCUACCAGGCUCUGCCACUGAGCUACCAGGCUCUGCCACUGAGCUACCAGGCUCUGCCACUGAGCUACCAGGCUCUGCCACUGAGCUACCAGGCUCUGGGUCAGGUGCCUCUGCCUCAGUCCAUGGUGGAGACCUGAUGGCUGGGUCUACCUCUGCGUCGGUCCUGCCUGGGUCUCUCUCUGCCUCUACCCAGGGAGGUGACCUGAUUCCUGGGUCAGGGUCUGCGUCUGGCUCAGUCCAGGGAGGGGUGGACUUGGAGAGGAUGUUGUUAGACGCUCAGCACGAGUCAGGAAGAAGCAGCUCCAGGGGCAGUGUGCCCUGUGACAGUCCUCCGAGACCCCAGACUCCUUUGCUCCGCCGGGAUUCAGAAGUGCACAGCUCAGGAGAGAAGAACAGCUCACAGUCUGAAGAAGACUACUUAGAACGGAGACGUGAAGUGGAGAACCUGAUGAAGAAGAACGCAGACUGGAUCUGGGACUGGUCCAGUAGACCUGAGAACAUUCAACGCAAGGAGUUUGUUCUGAAGCAUCCUAAACGUACCAACCCUCUCAGCAUCAGAAACACCAGCGUCAUGAAGAACGGAGGGAUCUUCUCUGCAGAGUUCCUCAAACUUUUCCUUCCUUCUCUGCUCAUAUCCCACGUACUGGCCAUCGGUCUGGGGGUGUACAUUGGGAGACGUCUAACUACCUCAGUGACCAGUACCUUCUAAAGGGACACUCCGCUGGACUGGAACGACAUGGUUUUUGGCACCAACACCGUCAUUAUCUUCCACUGCUGCUAGGUUUGAAGUGGCGCUUAUUAGAUACAGAUAGGCAACAUGUGUCCCCCAACUCCACUGAAAUAGAUGGCUCAAAAUGGCACCCUAUUCCCUACAUAGUGCACUACUUUUGACCAGUUCCCAUAGGACUCUGAUCAAAAGUAGUGCACUAUAUAGGGAAUAGGGUUCCAUUUGGGACACGCUUCCUUUUUGUUUUCCCCUGGCGGUGAGCAGUCCACCCUGCCUGUAUCUGUAUUGUACCCCUGUGAAUACUGUUGGCUUUUCCCUUAGUUCCCAGAGCUGCUUUAAAAAAAAAAACUGUUCCACUGGAAAAUAGAGCCCAGUGUCCCUCCAUCUCACUGGACGAUCUCUGGGUAGGGGGCCAUCUUAUGAUCAACGUUUAAGAGCCAUCGUUGUCAUCAGCUAGCUAGCUAGCGUUCACCGUCAGUCAUUUUCAAGCCAUUUUAUCUUGCUCCGAGUUGAGACAUUUUUGUAGUAGAAGACUUUUGUGAUAAUGAUAUUACAGUAAAAAGGUGAUGAUACAGAAAAGCACUGUGAAUUUCUCAGCAUUGAGCUACGUAUGGGGAAGAAAAGGGAAAAGGUUAGACAAGAAAGCUGGAAGUUGUAUUUGAGGGAGCUGUCGAUUGAUUGUAUAUCUCAGAAUGUUCUUUGGUUGGGGAAAAGGAUCAAGACAUUCAACCAAAAUGUUAUUUCUGACCCGGAUUCUUCUCAUGGAUCACGAGGCCUUAAUAAUAAAAUAAAAGGUUUCAGCCCGAAAUGAAAAAGGUUUGAAAUAGAUAAAACCUUGAAAAGCGUUUGAGGAAGUAUUGGAGAAUCAAUGUAUGGAGUAUCUUCCAUUAGAUCCCAGAUUAGGUCGAACAGGAGGGUAAAGGUUUUUGGUUCUGUCGGCACCUUUCAGUUAGUUGGUAUUAUUUUUCACUCAGGGUUGUGUUUUCAGUGACAACAAUGUGUCCCAUUCACUGGAUAUGCAUGUGAUUAGAAUUGUACAUUGUGUACAUUAGAUGUGGCACAAUGUAAACAAAGUGUUUUAUGGUCGGUGGCAUGUUAAUUGUCUACGUGACCAUUUGAAAUACACAAAACAGCUUUUCUACCACUACUGCAUGAGACCACACAUCUCCAUAUCAAAUAUUUUAGGGGAAAAUAUAGACGUUCACACUUGUAAUUAUGAGGGAAUUUAGAAAUGUUUAUUUUGCCUUUCUUAUUUCACUCGAAUUUAAGUACGAAAUCUCAGUAUCCAGAAUGCUUCAGUAUUUUUUGUUCUAAGAAUGAAGAGAGCGACAGAGGCGUCCGAGUAAUGUCUUGAAAUGGCCUUGAAAAGGCAUUACCAAUCUGUUUCUGCAUGUCUUGUAGAGCUGGUCACCAUGUCAAGUGUAUAUGUGAAUUUGAAAACUGUUUUGUAUGAACAGUAUCUGAAAAAUAAAAUGGUUCAAUCAUAAAAAUA